AUGGAUUCCGUCAAGACUGCACCUACAGUCAGUUCUAACGGGAAUUCUUCAGCGGAUCAUCAUCAAGCUGCCCCCGCGGCUAGUGUUACUACCAGUCAUGCUGCCGGAAGUAGCGCGGGAAGCGCGCACAAGCCGGCGCGGCUGUUUCGGCAGCCGAGUCGCGUGACGGAGCGCAUGGCGAACUGCCUCCUGGAGAACCGCAACGAGAUUAUCGAUACUCUCUCGCGCUGUCUGCAGUGCGGAAACGGCAUUCUUCUCCCCCACCAGCUCAUCGACCAGCUGCGCGCUGCCAGCGCCGCGCGCCGUCGCCCCCACGCCACUCCCCCGCGCUCCCCGCGCACAGCCGUGUCCCCGUGCUCGCCCGCCGCGAUUGUCACUGCCGCCGCGUGGGGAGCCGCCGGGGGAGCAGCGGGCGGAGCAGCGGGCGCGCUGAUCCCCGCGGACGCGGAAACCGCCAAGGUCCUAGAGGGCACGGUGGAGGCGGUGCGCAGAGUGGGUUCCGCGGACCUGGAGGCGGGGCGGAGGGCGGCGGGGAGAAAAGCGGGAGCAGGCGCGCGGGCGAGGGACACCACAGGGGGGGCAGCAGGGGGAGCGGCGGGGGAAGCGGCAGCAACAACGGCCUCGGUGGACAGGGUCGACGGGGUGGAUGGGGACGAGGAGGGGGAGGAGAGUCUGGAGGACAGCCCGUUCGGGAAGCUGCUACUGGCAUCGCAGGAGGCGGUGGUGGUAUCCCCGUGGGUGGCGCUGGCGGUGCGCGUGCGGCCGGGCGAGUGGCAGCACGUGAAGAUCAACGCGGAGGAGGUGCUGGUGCAGGCCAUGACCGUGCCCGAGUACCUCGCAUUCAAGGAACUCCUCGUCUCCUCCAACGGCGGCCCAGCCAGCGACAACCCAUACUACGUGCUGGAGCUGGACUUCGGCCCGUUCAACGCGUCCUUCCCACGGCUGACGCAGCCGCGGUCCAUCGGGCACGGCGUGCACUUCCUCAACCGCUACCUCUCCUCGCGCAUCUUCGCCAGCCAGCAGGGCUCCAUCCAGCCGCUUGUUGACUUCCUGCGCCUGCACAGCUACCGCGGCCAGCCGUUGAUGCUGAGUCAGCAGAUCGAGACACGUGACCAGCUGAAACGCGCGCUGACGCGUGCGGAGGACCUGCUGGGGUCGUACGAUGACGAGACUCCUGUUGGACACGUGGCAGAGAGGCUGCGAGACCUAGGGCUGGAGCUGGGGUGGGGCAACACGGUGGGGCGCAUCUCAGAGACUGUCAACCUGCUGCUCGACAUCUUCCAGGCCCCAGACGCGGACACCCUGGAGAAGUUUCUCGGGCGGCUGCCCAUGAUCUUCGACGUGGUGAUCCUGUCGCCGCACGGGUACUUCGGGCAGGCGAACGUUUUGGGGCUGCCCGACACGGGCGGGCAGGUGGUGUACAUCCUGGACCAGGUGCGCGCCGUGGAGAAGGAGAUGCUGCGGUCGCUGCACCUGCAGGGCUUAGACAGCCUCUUCCACCCCAACAUCGUCAUCGUGACGCGGCUGAUACCAGAGGCGCGCGGCACGACGUGCAACCAGCGCAUCGAGGCGGUGGCGGGGACGCAGUUCACGCGCAUCCUGCGCGUGCCCUUCCGCACGGCCCACGGCAUCGUCACCCACUGGGUCUCGCGCUUCGACAUCUGGCCCUACCUCGAGCAGUUCACCGAGGACGUGGCGAAGGAGCUACAGGUGGAGCUGGGGGGCCGCCCGGGGCUCAUCAUUGGCAACUACAGCGACGGCAACCUCGUGGCGACGCUGCUCUCGCACCAGAUGGGCGUCACUCAGUGCAACAUAGCGCACGCGCUGGAGAAGACCAAGUACCCGGACUCGGACCUGUUCUGGCAGCGGCACGACGCGGCGUACCACUUCAGCUGCCAGUUCACGGCGGACCUCAUCGCCAUGAACCACGCCGACUUCAUUGUCACCUCCACCUUCCAGGAGAUUGCUGGCAGUCUCUCCUCCAACACAGUCGGGCAGUACGAGUCGCACAUGGCGUUCACUAUGCCGGGGCUGUACCGCGUGGUGAACGGAGUCGACGUGUACGACCCCAAGUUCAACAUCGUGUCGCCCGGCGCCGACGACGACGUGUACUUCCCCUUCUCCGACUCGCGCCGCCGCCUCACGUCGCUCCACGCGGGGAUCCGCGACCUGCUGUUCGGGGAGCCCGACGGCGAGGAGAAGGCGUACCACCUAUCGGACCCCUCCAAGCCGAUUCUCUUCUCCAUGGCGCGCCUCGACCGCGUGAAGAACCUCACGGGCCUCGUGCGCUGGUUCGGCGCAGACUCGCGCCUGCGCGCGCUCGUGAACCUGGUCGUGGUGGGCGGGAAACUGGACGCGUCGCAGUCGCAGGAUCGCGAGGAGGUGGAGCAGAUCAAGAUGAUGCACGCCGCCGUGCGCGACGCGGGGCUGGACGGCAGCUUCCGCUGGAUCCGCGCGCAGACGAACCGCGUCAAGAACGGCGAGCUGUACCGCGUCGUCGCGGACAGCCGCGGCGCGUUCGUGCAGCCGGCGCUCUUCGAGGCGUUCGGGCUGACAGUGGUCGAAGCCAUGACAUGUGGUCUCCCAACCUUCGCGACGUGCCACGGGGGCCCGCGCGAGGUGAUCCACGACGGGGAGAGCGGGUUCCACAUCGACCCCUACCACGGCGACCUCGCCGCUGAGCGGAUGGCGGACUUCUUUGAGCGCUGCCGCGACGAGCCCAAGCACUGGGAUGAUGUUAGCGCCGCUUCUCUCGCUCGUAUCCAGUCCCGGUACACGUGGGGCAUAUACGCGGAGAGGCUGAUGACGCUGUCGCGAGUGUAUGGCUUCUGGAAGUUUGUGUCCAACCUGGAGCGCCGCGAGAUGAAGCGCUACAUCGAGAUGUUCUACAUCCUCAAGUUCCGCCAACUGGUCAAGACUGUUCCAAUGGCAGAGGAAAGGCUUUGA